UCAGCCAGCCGGUGGUGUCAGUCACCAACAGUGGAGACUUCAAACCUUUCCGAACAUACCCUUCACUGUUGAACAGGUUUUAGACAUUUGCUGUAAAAGGCGUUUGGGUGCUGUUUUUUCGAUGGUCAGCCAUGGAUGAAGACGACAGCCAGGAUGAGCAAGUUUUCCGAGGUUCAUCUCACAGUAAAGGAAAAAGAUCGGCAUUGUGGGCCAUCUCAGAUGACUCUGAUGAUCAAGAGGAAGAGUCAGAAGAGGGAGACUCUGAAAGUGGUGAUGAAGAAGAAGAAAACAAUGCAAAUAGAGAAGAUGAUGAGGAGGAUGAAGAUACUGAUGAGGAAGAUGAUAAUGAUGAGAUGGAAGAUGGUAAGCAGGCGAUGGGGGCCUUUGGGGGAAGUUCUGCUGACUUUGCAGAGAUGAGCUCAGAUGAGGACAGAGAAAAGUGUCCAAUUUGUCUGAACUCAUUUAGUAGUCAGCCUGUUGCAACACCGGAGAACUGUGAGCACUACUUCUGUUUCGACUGCAUCCUAGAAUGGACUAAGAAUGCAAACUCGUGUCCUGUGGACCGCAUUGUCUUUGACAACAUAUACCUAAGGAAAUCUUAUGGAGGAAAAGUAAAGAAAAUUGUCACAGUGCAAAAGCCUGUGAAACAAGGUCAGGAGGAAACGGUAAACUUGGACCUGGAGCAAACCAACUGUGAGGUGUGUGGGGGUAGCGACCGCGAGGACCAGCUCUUGCUCUGUGAUGGCUGCGAUGCAGGGUACCACAUGGAGUGUCUCACACCGCCUCUCGAUGCUGUUCCUGUAGAAGAAUGGUUUUGUCCUGAGUGUGAAACAAACAACCGGCAUUUAAGAGGCUCACCUGAGGAGAUUAGCGACACAGAAAGCCUGUCUUCUACUCCCCUGCCGGCCACCAGUCGGUCUCAAACUCGCACCGUUGGUCCAACCCGAGCUAUCGCACGUACUCAGCAGAGUGAGAGGGUCCGAGCCAAUGUCAACCGACAUCGAAUAACCCAGGCACGCACGUCACAGUUGGCUCCAACGUAUCUGAUGCAGUCAACUUGGUUGGAUGAAACUAUUAAUGCUGUGGUUGCUGGGCUCAAUACGGCCGUGUACGUACGGGAUAUCACCCCUCGGGCCCCGUCAAGUCGCAGACGCAAACCUGGUAAAAGAAGAAAGGUGAGAAGAAAGAAGACAUCUGCAAAGGGGAAAAAUAGUCAGUCAGAAAGCACAGGAGUCAAAAGAAGGAAGCGACGAGCAAGGAGAAGUAAAUCCAGGAGAAAAGUUAUUGAAAGAAAGGUGGCCACUCCAAGAGGCCGCAUUGCCAAUAAUCUUGGAAUUGUUAAGGACAAGAAGAGCUCUUCACUUCCAACAGUAUACCGGCCGUCAGAGAACACUUUGAGCAACAUGCGUGCCGACAUUGGAGCAGCAUCACUCUCGAUCUACGGAGAUCCAUUUGACCUGGAUCCAUUCAUUGACCAUGAGGAGGUUGAAGAGCAAGCCCAGGUGACGUCGUUGUUGGAGGCGAAAAGGCGAGGCAUCUCUCGCUCUGCCCUUCGCUCUCAUCAGCCUGUGGCUCGUCCAGUCACUGCAGGCCUUUCCAGGAGAGGUGUGGACUUCCCACAAUCGGGGAGUGUUGCUGAGGCUGCUCCUGUUCCUGAUUUACUUGGAAGCAUCCUGUCUGGACAAAGCCUACUCCUGAUGGACAGUUCUGAUGUUGUAAUUAGUCGGGAUGGCUCUCUUAAAGCUUCAAAACCAAUGACGGCAUCUACGCAAAUCCCAACUCAUAGGAAAACAAGUAGUUCAAGUGAUAUCAGCACCCUGAACAGCCCAGGAUAUUUGCGUAACUUAGGAGACAGCUCGGUAUCUCUGCCCCAUGAUGGGAAUCUACCGGGAUCCUCACCUACCUCUGUAAACGGACCCUCAGCUCCAAGCUCAUCUCAUUUACCCUCCAUCGUUCCGCUGUCAUCCAACCAAAACCAACCGAGACCACAAUCAGAUUUAUCUUCUGGAGCAAAUAUAAAUCUGCAGCCGCCUCGUCCAAACAGACCAAUACCAACAAAUGGGAUGAGAUCCCUAAGGGAAGCACCUUCUCCAUCUGUACACCGCCACCAGGACUCUGUCAGGGACAAAGGAACAACUGUGUCACAGUCCCAAUCUAAGAAAGCUCCUGUUAAGCCCAUGUGGGUGGAUGUAUCAGUGCUUCCUCGGAUACCAAAAAUAAAAAGAGAGAGCAGCAGUGUCACAAACGAUGGUGGUGUUUUGGACAGUAGUAGAGGAAGUAGUCAUUCUACCGGGACGAGCAAUGGUCUAUGGUUGCCUGAAAAUGCUAUGACGAGCCUUUCCCGGGACCAAGGAAGACAGCAGAGUGUUGAUCAGCAAAAGGGCCACUCUGAUAGUCAAUCCCAUAAGAACAGAUCUGAAAGGGCCACUUCAUCUUCAUCAUUCUCAAAUUCAUUUGCUUCCUCUUCCUCCACCACUUCUACAAGCCAGGCUCGACAUGCUCCAUUUUCUUCAUCCUCAGCUGUAAGCUUUCGUAUCAACUCCAGUGGGAACUCUUGGCAUGCCAGGCGGUUAAGUAUUACAUCAGCCUCUCCAGCUGGAAGCAACAUAAAAGAACAGUGGAGGGAAAAAGAUCAAGACAAGGCAAAAAAGAAGCAAAUGCAUAAGGACAAAAAAACACUUCUAGCAACAUGUGGAACUGUCGGUAAGGAAGAAGAUGAUAUUUAUGAUCCUUUUAAUCCCACUCUAUCUGAUUCAAGUAGCUCCAGUGAUGAAGCAGAGGCCACAAGCUUGGGGGUGAGCCUUCAGUCUGGCACAAACAGAGGGAAACCUCCAACUUUAGGAAGUAACAAGGGUCCUGUGCUAAAAAGCCAGGAUGUGGUGCAGGUGAAAGCUGAAUCAGAGGAGACUGACGCUUCACAGGAAAUACCCGUGAGUUUGCAGCAAACUGUAAGGCCAGAAAGAAUUCUUUCUGCAGAUUUUGUAAAAGAUGAAAAGGAAUCAAAUUUAGCCAAAGUUAAGUCUGAGAAACGAAAAUUCUUCAAUACUAUAAUUAAGAAAGAACCAAAUUCAGACGAAUCUGAAAGAAGUGACUCUGAAAGUUGUGGUCACAUGGUUAUAAGUAAGAUAAAAAGUGAGAUUGCAGAUACUGAAACCUCUGCUGAUAAACAUGUAGAACACAUAAAAUCUGAGAAAAAUCCUGAUGAAAGCAGUGGACCUGUUGCUGAAACGUCCAGGAGAUAUCUUACCGAAUACAGGGAUGAUUCAUCAGCUUCCAGCUCAAGUACCAUCUCAAAGAAACAGUCGGAAGACACUAAAUCAGAUUUACCAGCCUCAUCAAGUGCCCUAGUAAGAGAUUUGGUCGACAGGAACCCGCCCUCCAAAAUAUCAAAAGAUCAGCCUUCCAGUAGCUCUGAGACGGACCGAGGCAGAAAAGAAAAUCGCCAUGCCUCUGAUAAGGGAGGCAAAAAGAAGGAAAGGGACAAAGGUAGGGAGAAAGACAGGAGCUCAAGACGAUCAGGGUCAAAAGAGAGAAGGAGGGCACCCUCCACCUCUGACAGCUCUCAGACCAGAUCACCAGACCAAACUCACAGGAAGAGGUGGAGGUCCAGAUCACGCUCUAGAGAGAAGACAAGAAGGCGAUCCAGAUCUUGUUCCAGUUCAAGCAGCACUGAGCGUUCAAGGAUGAAGAAGCAUAAAUAUAGGAGCAAGGAGAGAAAUGAACCCACAGAGAGAAGGCAAGGGUCUAAGGAGAAAAGACACCGUCGAUCUCACUCUAAAUCAAGGUCCAAGUCGCGCUCCAGGUCCAGAACAAGAUCGAGAUCGAAGGAUCGUAAGCGUCGUUUAUCCCGUUCAAGAUCCCGGUCCAGAUCUAAAGAAAGGAGGAAAGAUGGUGCCAGAGAACAUGAAACGGUCUCCUCCAGAGACAAAGUGGAUUCAAGAUCUAAAGACAGAACAGAAAGAACCGGAUUCUGCUCAAGAGAGAGAAGGAAAACCGAAGGAUCCACCAGAACUACAGACAAAACUGCAUCUUCAAGCAGUUUAUCCUCCAGGGAAACGAAUGACCGAAAAAAGGAGAAAGACAUUUCAGAAAGAAACUUGGAGAAGAACAAAUGUGCUGAAUUAAAAAAGCAGGAGUUUCCUUCCUGUGCUUUUGUCCCUCAGGUUAAAAAUGAAGACAAAAAUUUUGAAGGAGGUGAGAACCAAACUAAAGAAAAUUUCACAGAAAUAAAAAAGAAAAAAGAAAUUAAAAAAGAAAAACCAAAACCUAUGGAUAUGUUUGAAGAUUUUCCCAUUGGUAAAGAAGUGAAAAGCGAGGAAAAGGACCUACCCUCCUCAGCAGUAUCAAAGAGCGAUCAGGAGAUUAUGGAAGAUCAUAUCAAGAUGGAGUCUUGUGAAGCAAUCAUAACCAAAUCUGAGUCGAGUCCUACACAGGACUGCUCCUCAGCUUCUGUCUCCUCACCUCCUACAAUGACUGUUGCUGACCCCCCCCAUGACUCCGUGUGUGAGUCUGAGGCAGACUCAUUAGAGUCUGGGAAACAACAAAACACAUCCGGGGCAGCGGCCCCUAUAAAACAGGAACCCUCAGAGUCUGAUGAUGAUUUCAAUGUUGACGUAAUACUGGACAGUUUAGAUCCUGUCCAAUCAGAGCCCAUCAGUCUAGAAGCUAAAGACGAGAAAGAAGCUUUGGAGGGGAAGGAUGGCGGGGAGCAGAUAUCACUGACUGGAUCAAAGUCCAAGACGCAAGUGAAGCGUGUUACCUGGAACAUACAGGAGCCAGAGGGGCCUAGGCCAGAGAAAUCAGCCAGCAAGCUAGCACUGUAUAAACUGAAGCUGAAGCAGGAAGGAUCUCGCAAACCUUUUUUGCCUGUCAAGGAAUCCAAUCAGGGCACUGUUGGUGAUACCUCGAAGAAAAGUGUUGCUGGUUUACAGACUGCAAGCUCAAGUUCUGGAAGCCUCAAUCCCGAAGAAUUGGCAACCACUGAGCAAAGGGAAGCAGAAGAAGGGGAUUCGUCAAGGAAAGACAAGUAUUUGAAAAAGCUGCACAUGCAGGAAAGGGCCGUUGAAGAAGUGAAGUUGGCCAUCAAGCCUUUCUACCAAAGGAGGGACAUCAACAAGGAUGAAUACAAAGAGAUUCUCCGUAAAGCUGUUCAGAAGGUUUGCCACAGCAAGAGUGGGGAAAUCAACCCAGUGAAAGUGGGAAAUCUGAUCAAGGCAUAUGUGGAAAAAUACAAACACGCAAGGAAACAUAAAAAAGGAGAGGAUUCAACAAAGAUUCCUGAAGAUCAGAGUGAGCCAAUGAAAAUCUGUGACAGCCCAUGAGGAACCGAGAACACUGACAGCCACAUCCCCAGCCUCAUCUGUAUCUCAAGCAACAUUAAACUAUAACAAGAACUCAGUUCUCAUAUGAAACUGUUUCCGAAAUGUUUGCUGCUGGCAUGAGGUUGACCAUAAAAUCUCUUCAAAAGGACUUGAACACCAACCAUUUGUGUCUUUUUUCCUUGGUUGUUUUUGAGUAGAAAGGGAUUCUUUUCAUGUGUCCAUCAAGUGGAAAGAUGAAUCAAAUGGUCUUCUUCAUCUGCCAUAUCCCUGUGAGAUACUGGCUAUUUGCUGCCUGUUAUUUAUUUUGUCUAUACAGAGUUGUUUAUGAGCAGCUAAACUAAACGUGUGUUGCUCAAGUGGUGAAACUAUGCAGUUAAUGCAUAUUCAUGAAUGUCACCUAACGGAAAGAUACUGUUUAUGCAAUUUUGUAGAAAAUUUUACCAGUGGUGAUAAAAAAAAAUAUUGAUUCAGCUGUAAAUAGUUCAGGUUUGAUAUAAGCAUCCAAGAGUUGUUUGUCACCUGUUGUGAGUAAUUGGUGUCUUUGUUUUAUUUUUAUAGAGGGUAUAUAAGUUUUGUAAUUAUUAGCCUGUGUUGUCUUCCAUAUAUAAAUUGGAUCCACUAAAUCUAGUUGAACAGAGAGAAAGUCAAGAUCGAUACUUUUUUUUGUAUGCUUUUAAUGUUUGGUUUCUGUUAUCGUUAGUUUCAAAUAUGAGAAAUAUAAUUUCUUGUCUUAUGUUUUUUUUAAAACAUAAGAAAUUACAGUAUUCUCCAAAGUAAUGAUCUUGAUUUUAUUUCUGCCUUCAUUAUUGAAUGUUAGUCCAUUUUUAUCUUUGUCCAGCCUGCUGCUUUUAUGUUGUUUUUCCUUUAAUGUCUAUUUGCAGCCUUUUGCGCUCUGUGUCGAGUAAUUAUUGACUAAGUUUAUUAUUGUUUUAUUUGUUGAUGAGAUCCGUUUAUAGGCUGCACACAUGUUGUAAAUAUUUUCUCACUGGAGCUGUGACGGUAGUAAACAUGCCUUUUCCUCGCAUUGUUACGGUUUUAACUUCAGCAGCAGGCAAAGCCUUUUUUUGUUUUUAAGUUUCAAGUUGAACUCUGACUCAGUUCUUAUUUCUGCGUAUUGCCUGUCAAAAAAUUGGAAACAGCAAAACAAGUUAUUGUUGCAUUUAGUGUAUAUAAGUUGCUCACUUUAAAGAUUUGCUAGCAGGGUUGUGGAACCUUGUAUUUAUACCCUGUGCAUAUCGGCUUUAUGAAGCCAGAGACUUGAAAUGGGAGAUGCUAAAAAAGGAGAGGAAAAAAAGGUGCUCAUACUCAUCUGGAUGUUUCUGAUUUUUGUUCAGUUAACUUGAUGAAACAGGCUUGGAGUUUUUUCAAAUGGGACACAAAUAAAACCCUUUAAAAUUGUGACAUUUU